AUGACUUUUUUUAUAUUUUGAUCAUCAUUAAAAUAAGAAAUCUUGAACAAGCUUCAUGAAAAAUAAAAAUGGCAGCCUCCAUGGUGCAGUAUGUUGUUGUAAGAGGCGAUCUUUUACAUGCCUUGAAAUGGCCAACAGGUGCUGUCAUAGCACAGGCAUGCCAUGCUUGUACUGCUGUGAUACAUCUUUUCAAGGAGGAUGAAAAUGUAAUGAAAUACACAUCGGAUCUGGACAACAUGCACAAAGUUGUUCUUGAGGCAAAGAAUGAAGCAGAUGUCAGAACACUAUCAGAGAAAUUAAAAGAGAAUAACAUUGAUCAUAAACUGUGGAUUGAACAACCUGAGGAUUAUGCCACCUGUCUAGCAGUGAAACCCUAUCCAAAAGAGGAGGUCCAGAAGUUCUUCAAGAAAUUCAAACUCUUUAAAUGAUAUUAAUUGGCUCAAGUUUUUUUGAAGAGCUGGAAAAGGACCUUGUCUUUUCAUUUAAACUGAUGGCAGAGGAGGGACUGUUUGCAACAUGUGAGGGAUGUCAUGCCUACUUGAUCAAUUCCAGUAUCAUGAACUAACAUUAAUUAAAACCACCUUUCUUGCUUUUCCUGUUUCAAGUGGGUUUACUUAUUAGCAUCAUGAUCAUAGUUUACAGACAAGUUUUCUCCUAAAAAAUCAUUAAUUAUUCCUAAGCUCUAAUCUCAGGAUUAUCGCGUCAAUACCAAAUCAGAAAAGUAAUAGUCUCAUCCCACAUGGUCUAAUCCUAUUUGUUACGUAAUGGAAGUCAUCAGCAAAAAUCAUGUAUAUGGACAUGGGUAUUUUAAUAUUGGUUCCUGCCUACUUUGAAUCUAUUGGAACCACAAACAACUGUUAACAAAUAGCAAAUUGAAUUCACCUAGGUGAUGAUCAGAUUUAUCUGUUCUCUAAAAAGUGAUAAUUUUUUUUUAUCAAUAUGUAAGGGUCAGAUAUGGUAUACAGCUUACACAAGCUUGAAAUGAACCUUUAUCAUUACAAGUCAGAAUCUUCAUGGCUGUACGCAGCGGGGGUGGGGGCAGUUGCCCCCCUAAAUUUUGAAAACUUAUAUUUUUUUACUGAAAAAUUUCACAAAUUCACCAAAAGUAUGCAUAAAACCCUUCAAUCUCACCUUACAACAUGUAAAAGCACCCUGAUGACAAGCUCAAUUGCUUCGUUUCAUCUUUUUUAUUUUUCUUAUUGAAGAAGUUAACACAUCCUGUCCCCCCAGCCAAAAAUAAAUUCUGCGUAUGUACAUGUGAAUCUCUGUCCAUUUUGCUAUGUAGCUUUCAAGUUACGGGCCAUAAUGAAAGGAUCAAACUCUUUUAAAGCUCCUCUCCCAUGUUCUUAAUAGUACCUCAUGUGGCUUUCACACAUUCUCACUCUUAUUUCUAAGGGUUUUCUGUAUCAAACCACAUCAAAUUGUACAUCAUUUAAAGCUCAGAAUUUACUAUUUUCAACACGGUAAAAAACAAAUGAUGGCUAAAAUUAUUGGUUAUGUUGUGGAAUGUCACAAUUUGUUCACCUCAGAUUCAAUUUAUUUUGUCAUUCUCUAAUUGCUCAACCGCUCAUUUUGAAUAUUUGUCUUAUUUGCGGUAGCAUUUAUUUUAAUCUAUUUUGUAUAUACCAAAUUUACAUAUAAACAUGUGCAUGCAUUUAGCCAGUUGAAUGAAUUUGAAUUGAUGUUGAAUCAUGUAUGUACGUGAUUUAUAAUUACUAUACUGUACAAAAGAAUGGUUAAGCAAUAAAUAAUAAGAAUCAUUCAAAAGUGAACACAAAUUGAAUUGAAAUACAUUUUAUUGACCAUCAAUUGAAACUACAUUUUCUCAUAUAAAUAUGGAAAUAUUUUCAGUUUGUCAUAAUACAGAGACAAGGCAUAUGGGAACAGCACAAAUCUAAGCCAAAGAAACCUUUCCUAAAACACCAACAACAGAGACAAGACUAGAUGGAAAUCUGACUUGAUCUGAUUGAAUGAGCAAAUCAGGACCCUGUAACACGAAGCUUAGCGAUGGAUCGUGGGGCAGGCUUUUAAGAUUGAUUAUACACAAUCAAUGAAAUCCAUUGUUGAAAUCUGCCCCAAGAUCAAUUACUAAACUUAGUUACAGGGCCCAAGGUGAGCAUUAUUAAAACAAUCUUCAGAAUAGCUUGUUUGUGUCAAGCAAGCAAGCAUUUAGUCUUAUCUCCAGGAUUCACGAUGCAGUACUACAAUUAAGGCUGGCCUUGUACAAGUGAGAAAAAUAACAUCAUAAAAUCAAAUAAAAACAAAUCUAUGUAAUAUAAAUUACCAAGCUUUACUACAAAUUGUUCUGAUUACGUAAUGAUGUCUGGGUGGCAGCUCACAUUUGCCUCUAAGUUUCCACCAAAUUUCUAUUUAAAGCUACAAAAACACAAAAGAAUACCCAUUCAAUUUGUAAAAUGAUGUAAAAUUAUGCAAUUCAUGGGGGGGGAUUGUGACAGCAGUAUUUGGUAUUAAAUCCCGUAAAUGCAUUAUUUAAAACAAUAUACAAUCAGAAUCAGUUUCAGCUAUUGAAACUUGAAAGGGAAUAAAUUGCUGAGAAUUUUGUUCAUGAAGCCAAAGUACUACUACUUUUUUUGCAAAAAGGUCACAAAAAUCAUCAAAUACUGAAUAUGUUAUAUAUAUAUACCGGUAUAUGGGGCAGAGAUUAUUACUGAGAGUUUGCUUUGAGCUAAAAAUUCACAUUAGUGUAAUUUCAUGAUUUCAUUGUGUUCUCCUUCAGUUCAUAGGGGUUAUAUCAAGAAAAGUUUUUCAAAAAUUCAGAUGCAAGUUUCAUAGUUUCUUGAAAAUAUGGUUCUCGUGCACUGCAAAAUAUAUAACAUACAGUAAAGACCAGAUUAUUGAAAGUUGUACAUGUGUUUCUUGAAUCUUGGUGACUGCAUAAGUUACUUGCAGUUAUGAAGGGCAAGCUUUCAAACUGGUCAAUUCAUUAUAAAAUGAUUUGGAAACUUUAUGUAAUUUUCAUCACUCUUAUUCUAAACCAAGAAGAAAAAUAAAAAGGGUUUCAUCCUUAAUACAUUGAAUUCCUUCACAUACAAAUACAUAUUUUUUUUACUAUUCAUCAAAAUACAAUCAUAAUUGCAUAAACAAUGAUUGCGUGAAUCGGUGUUUAAUUUCCAUUCAUUUCAUCCCAAACAAAUGAAAAGUGCUAAA